UCAGCGACUUAUAGCAAGACUGCGGCGGGCAUUCUGACACUGGGGGGAACUGACUUGGUGUCACUGACAUCUCCAGUGACACCAGUACAGUGGUCAGUGCUAAUAAAAAGCAAUGACACUGUACUAAUGGCACUGGGCAUGAAGGGGUUAACAUCUGGGGUGAUCAAAGGGUUAACUGUGUGCUGUUUCAUUAUGGGGGCUGUGUGUCUGUGCUUCAAUGUAAGCACACUGCUUUGCAUGGCUCUGAUAUGCAGAGCCAUGCAAAGCAGUGUGCAGGAGCUGACAGGGGAGAGAUCUGUAUUGUUUACUUACAGGUCUCUCCCCUGUCGGAGAUACUGAGCGAUCACCGGUUGCUGGCGAGUAAUCA